GUCAAAGAACUAUAACAUGUACGCACUGCUUGCUCCGUAGACGUGUUUAUAUCUCUCGUUUUUGUGAACUUCAAUGUGAAAGAGAGGUUAUAAACAUGAGUAACAUUUAUAUACAAGAACCGCCUACAACCGGCAAAGUGUUGAUGAAAACAACAGUAGGUGAUAUAGAUCUAGAGUUAUGGACCAAGGAAGCGCCCAAAGCAUGCAAGAAUUUUAUACAGCUUUGCAUGGAAGGCUAUUACAACAACACGAUAUUUCACAGAGUUGUAAAGGGCUUCAUAGUGCAAGGUGGAGACCCAACAGGAACAGGAGAAGGUGGCGAGAGCAUAUAUGGUCAUCCCUUCAAAGAUGAAUUUCACACAAGAUUGCGAUUUUGUCGGAGAGGUUUGCUCGCUAUGGCCAAUGCCGGCAAGGAUGAUAAUGGUUCGCAAUUUUUCUUUACUCUCGGUUCUACGCCCGAGUUACAAAAUAAACAUACCAUCUUUGGCAAAGUCACCGGAGAAACAAUUUACAAUAUGCUUAAGUUGGAAGAGGCAAUUAUAGAUGAGAAUGAAAGACCCGAGUAUCCACAGAAAAUUUUGAAAACAGAAGUCUUGAACAAUCCAUUCCAAGAUAUUGUUCCAAGAACAAUAUCUAAAAAGAAGGAAGAUAAGGAGAGCAAGAAAGAUAAAAAAACCGGUGUAAAGAAUUUUAAAUUACUGUCAUUCGGGGAAGAAGCCGAGGAAGAUGAGGAGGAGUCGUCAGUAUUAAACAAACAAUAUAGCGGCAAAGGCAAAUCGGCACACGAUUGCUUGUCUGAUCCCAAGUUGAGCUCGGAAACGGUCGAGCCUGCCGGGCCGCCAAGUAAAAAAAUAAAGGAAGAUCGGAGCAGCGACUGGGAGAGUGACGAUGACGAGACACGCACUCCGGAAGAGUUGGCCGCUUUGGCAAAAGAAAAGGAAGCUAUGAAGGAGAGGAUAAAAAAUAAAUUGAAAGAUUCUAAAAAUAUUUCCCAAUCAAAGCCAAACACCGAAAACGCUGACGUGAAAAUUAACGUGAACGAAGACGGUGAGAUCGAGGAAUAUUACUUGGGAAAAGAUCGAGACGACGAACGAAAGAGAAAAGCCGAAGAAAUUAGGAAAGAGAUACGCGAACUGAAGCGCGAUGUGCAGAACGAGAAGAAAGCGAAGGAGGCAGAGAAAAAACAGCAAGCCGAGAAGGAAGAAAACAAGAAGUCCGGACUUAUGAAGGAAUUCAUAGAGACUCAGGAAAAGUACAAAGCAAAAAAUACAAACUUGCCUAAAAAAGGCAAAACGCGCGAGGAUUUCACGAUGGAUCUGUUGAACAAGUUUAAAAGUAAACUUCAAACCGCCAGAAGCCAGACGAAGGAGAGCGCGGAUUCAAAGAAAACGUCCGAAGAUGACAACGAGGAGGACGAUCCGCACGACGAUUCUUGGAUGGCGCAUGCUUUGCAUUGCGAGGAGAAAGCGCCGGUGCUUGCCAAAGAUGCCAGCACGAAGAACGACGAUUGGUUCGAAAUUUACGACCCUAGAAAUCCGUUGAACAAACGACGAAGGGGUGAAAAGUCCUACAAGUCCAAAGACGAAAAGAGUAACAAAACUUCUCCUCGUCAUAAGUGAUAUGUGUAUUCAAUUAUAUAAUUCAAUUAUGUAAUUUAAAAUUAAAUAUGAUUAAUUAUAUAAUUAUUAUUAAAUUGCAUGAUCAAGUGUUUAG